CAGGUGGCUUCUCUGGAGACGUAGCGUACGCGUCAAGGCGAAUACACUAACAGCUUGCCCCGUGUACUUAAUCUCCUGCUGACGACAGUUUUUCUGAACCUAUAGCCCAGAAUUGUACCGAAGAGGGCAGCGCUGGCUUGAGCCGGAGAUAAGCUGGACUGUUUUGUCUUUCCAAACUAACAACAGGUCUGUCUGUUGAGUACCUUCUGCUGACACCUACCUAAAAAGUGAUUUACGAAGAGCACCGAAGGCAGAACACGAAUCCCACGCGUUCGGAGGAGUUGCGAUGUGCUCGAGCAAAGCCACAACCUGGAUUUUGUAGUAGUGGAACUUACUACGUACGUACACUGUGUGCAGUAUUGACACUGGAAUGCUAAAGAGAACACCGGUAUCAUAACGGCAUGUUUCCUGAAAUUAAUACCAAGUCAACAAGACCUGAUGUCUUCCCCCACCCUCAGAGAUUUCCAUCUGAAGGCAACAGACUGGGAUCCAGCAGGCCCUAUCAGCAGAAGCUUGGUACAGGUGUAGGCACACUGCCCCAACUGGAAGCACCCAUCAAGCAGGUGGUGGUCAGUAACGCCAAGGCCCCACAGCAGCCCGACAGCAUCCUGCCCCACAUCACCAACAAGGGCACUCAGAACAGCUACCAGACGCAGCAGGAGGAGAGGCCAAGGGUGGUUCAGUUCCCCACGCGCAUCAGCACCUCCACAGAGAACCUGUCUGAAUCCAACAGCACCAAGAGCCUCUCCAACAAGCUGGAGAAGGAGAAAUCUUUUGAAGGGCUGCGGCUGCCCAUGUCACCCACAGAGGCUCUGCAGAACUUCCAGGAGCGGCUGACUGAGUUUGAGCAGGAGGAGAUCAUGGAUUACUCUGAGAUCUGGUACCUGGGUCUGGACACAGAGAAGAUUGAGGGAUCCCAGGGGACGCCGCAGAACUGUGGUUAUGACGACGAGCACGGCAGCUACAUCAAGGUCCUGAACGACCACAUCGGCUAUCGCUUUGAGGUGCUAGAGGUGAUUGGAAAAGGAUCCUUUGGACAAGUCCUAAAAUGUCUGGACCACAAGACCAAUGAGCUGGUGGCCAUAAAGGUCAUUCGCAACAAGAAAAGGUUUCACCACCAAGCGCUCGUGGAGCUGAAAAUCCUGGAUGCAAUCAGGAGGAAGGACCGGGACAACUGCCAUAACGUUAUCCACAUGAAGGAGUACUUCUACUUUCGAAACCACCUCUGUAUCUCCUUUGAGCUCCUGGGAGCGAACCUGUACGAGCUGAUCAAAAAGAACAACUUCCAGGGCUUCAGCUUGGCCCUGGUCCGGCGCUUCGCCCAUGCACUGCUCAAGUGCUUAGUGAUGCUCCACCGGGAGAAGAUCAUCCACUGCGACCUCAAGCCAGAGAACAUCCUUCUGUCGCAAAAGGGUCAAGGGAGCAUCAAAGUGGUGGACUUCGGCUCCAGCUGUUAUGAGCAGCAGAGAGUGUACACCUACAUCCAGAGUCGUUUCUACCGCUCUCCGGAGGUGAUCCUGGGCCAUCCGUACAGUAUGGCCAUCGAUAUGUGGAGUCUGGGCUGCAUCAUGGCUGAGCUCUACACGGGCUACCCCCUCUUCCCGGGAGAGAGUGAGGUGGAGCAGAUCGCCUGCAUCAUGGAGGUGCUGGGACUGCCACCAAAUGAUUUCAUCCAGACAGCGUCAAGAAAGAGGUUGUUUUUCGAUUCCAAGGGCAACCCUCGGAAUAUCACAAACAGCAAAGGGAGGAAAAGACGUCCCAACUCCAAAGACAUGGGCAGCGUGUUAAAGACAAGUGACCCACAGUUCCUGGACUUCCUGAAGCGCUGCCUCAUGUGGGACCCCUCCAAACGCAUGACCCCCGACGAGGCCAUGCAGCACGAGUGGAUUCGGGAUCUCCGGUUCCACAAGUUCCGCCCCAGAACCCGACUGGUGAAGAAGCCGGCUGAGAACUCCAGCAGCACGGACAACAGCGAGCAGACGCUCCACAAAACGCCCAAUGACAGGACAGCUGAGAAGGCGGCGUCUGACGGACUUGACAAGACCAAGAGAGAGAGCUCCGGGAAGGGGGGCAAGAUGUCCGCCGCGGAGCGCCUGCGGCCCAUUGGCGCGUCUGCGGAGGAGGAGACAUGCGAGGGAGGGGCCAGGGACGUUAGAGAGAAGCCAGGUCCCGGGGGCGAGAGGCCGGUCCACAUCAUCAUCAAGUCCCAGCAGGAGCCAGGGACCGAGACGGCCUGCCAGGAGCAGGCCCAGAGUCUGCCCCCCAUCAUAUGACAGCUAGGGUCAUGGCACACUGCAGCAUUAGCACACUGGGGGAAAUUUGAACCGCACCCUCAGCAGUCAGAAAUAACACACUGGACUCGUGGUUUAGGAGUUUCCUGUUUUGUGGGGCUUGGUCAUCCGUUUCUAUUAUUUCUAUGCUAUUUCUGUUUCUAUCAAGCACUGAUCCUCUGCAGCAGACAUGGUUGAUUUUACUGCAGGGGGUGGUUUGUUCCCUAUCCCACAGUUUAUAUUGAUUUUGCAUUCAGUAGAUUUGGUAGUUUUUUGGUCUGCAGGCAGUCAUGUGAACAAGUGUGAACACUGCUUUUAUUUGUCUGCAGAACACAGAGAGGCAGAGGGAGGGAGAGAGUGAGAGUAUAAUGUGCUCCAUUCUUAUACAAUUAUACCCUUCAUUGGUAUUUAGCUAUCCCCUGACUUCUAAAGAGUAGCAGCAAAAGAAACCAAUGUCUGUCACUGUCUGCUGAUAAAGCAUUUGAGAAUUUAUAUAUAAUUUAUAUAUUGAAAACAAAAUCAUUUACACAUUAUUAAAUUGCAAAAUUCCACCUGUCAGGAAAAAGGAUUUGAAGCUGUAGCAUACACAGCAUGCAUGCUUUCACACAUGCUUUUCUGGUUUGUAGGGGGGAUAUUGUCCCCUCUAGUGGUAGAAAUAGAAAUGUACAAUAUUGGAUUGAAGUUCAUAUAGAUGCUAUUUGAAUUUUUCCUGAAUUUUUAUUUUCAUGCUCUGUGACUGACUGCUAUGAGUCCAUUGCUCAGCUCCAAUUUGCAGUGCAUAUGAAUUACUUUGUUUAGAAAUGUAUUUUGAAUACUUAUGUCUGAUAAAGGGUUAUUAGCUACAGUUGAAUGACAUGUUCACAGCGAACACAGAGCCAAAUGAAUGGGUCUCAAUUUCUAGAACCCCACAGGUCAAAGCUGGGUUUGCAUCUGUUAGUUAACCUUUUUGAAUACUUAAUCCUUUGUUUUACUGCUCCAGGUGAACACAUAUUCUUUACUUGGGCCCCAGUUGCAAGAAAUGUGUUAUUUCAGUGUUAGUUUCCUUUCUCAACAGUGGUUAUUAUUAUUGUUAAUGUUUAUGUUAUUAUUAUUAUUGCACUUAUGCACAUUUGUUCAGAUUGAUAAAUAUGUGUUAGGAUUUAUUAUUUAGGACCUGUACAUUGAAAUACUUGUAUAUUGUUAUUUUCCCUGUACAUACAAUGUUUGUUGUUUUGUUUUGUACUCCAUUGAUAAAAUUCAGAUGUCUGUUAUAUAUAUAUCAUAAGUUUAAUGUAAACAUUAGACAAGGUUUUACUUGUUGCUGUAUUAUAACAAAUGAAAUAUGAGGGUUUUUAUUAUUUGUGAAACUGUAUAGUUCUUUAAUUGUGUUGUUUUCUUAGUUUCAUGAUUCUUCAAGUUUGUGCCUUGCAGUAUUAGAACCCUUGCACUUUAUGACAUGGGAAAGAGCACACUACGUAGUGAGGGCAUGUGAGAUUGAGCGCCUGGACUUUUCCCUCCAUGACAGAAUGGGGUUCAGUGUUUACUUAUCCAGGGAGAGAUCCACUGUAUGCCAGUGGUAUCACUACUAGCAUUGCAGCCCCUUUAAACUAGGACUGUAAAAUCACACCUGCACAAACAAUUGAGAGAAGUGGAAUAGCUGAAAGCAUGAAGUACCCACACACAUCUUGACAAAAUACUACCACUAUGUAAGUUAUUAAAUGCAUGUCAUCAAUUCGGUUUCAGUACCUGUGGGUGUACGGGAAAUACAGGAAUAUUGAAUCCUUUUCAUUAUAUUUUCAAGGAAUGUUUAUUGUCUGAUCUGAAGAUAAAUCAAAGGAAUGUGAAGGGGGUGAAAAAUGUAAGCUGUAAGAUGCUGGCACAUAGAGCUUACAACACCAAGCUCAUCCAGGUAUGAACUAUAAAUAGGAGUAGGCAAUUUAUGAAAGUGUCUUUUUAUAUGUACAAUAAAUUGUUGGUUUAACGUA